UUUCAUACACCCAGACGUCCUCAGUUUAACUCGGGUCUGUGGAGAGGUGGAGGGACAGACUCAGCUGCUCAGCAAGCUGUAAAUGAAAGUAACAGUAUGACGGGAGAUGCGGCAUUAUCAGAAGCGGACACGGUGCUGAUCAAGGAUGAGAUGUUUGAGGAGGACCAAGCACAGCAGAGACUGUUCAUCAGAGAUGGUGGAGUGAAAGAGACGCCAUCACAGACUGGAGAGGCAUGUUUUGCGGAUGUUCAGAUGGUGAAAGAUGAUGCUCAGGUGUCUGGGAUGCAGCAGCCGUCUUUGGAGCAGCAAGGACAGGGGGAAGUCGGAGAACCAGAAACAAUAGUGAUAAAGGAAGAUCUGAAUGACCAGUGGGAAAGAAGCCAGGCACAAGCUGUAAUUGUGCAAGAUGCAGAGUCAAAUACAGAAUUUUGUAGCGGAAGACUUUCUAGCUCACCAGCCAGAAGCACAGAUGCACCUGGUACAGAGAAGCCUAUAGAGGUGGAAUUUUCCCAUUUGAGUGAAAACGGACAGGAUAGGAGCCAGAGAACCAACAUUUCUCCAUCCACUGGACUGCGUGUACAGGGUACUAUUGAGUCCAGUCCAAGUAGGCCUCAACAGCACCAGUACCACAGGUUUUCUGUUCGACCUAGCAAGGGUCUAACAGCAGGAGAAACCGCAGCUCUCACAGGCUCAGGGCACGUACACAAGGGAAUGGUGAAAAGCAGAACUUCACCCACGAACCACACUCUGCUCAGCAGAGAAAAGACAGCCACUGAAAUAUCAGGAACGGACUGCUUGUUGUAUGACAGACCUGCAGAACCUAAAACCAGCUUUAUGCACUGGCCCAAACAUCCAUCCUGCUCAUAUACAGAUUCGGACCAGGAUCAAGACUGUAUGCUGGUUCAGACAGAGACUGUAUCAUCUAUUAGAAGCUCCAAAGGUGGAAGGGAUGGAGCAUCAUCUACUCUAACACAUGCUGUAAGAAAUGCAGGAGCAGAAGAUGGGCCUAUAAGAGAAGAGGAAAGGUGGAAUCAAGCUGCCAUUUUGAGGCAAAGCCAAACUGAAGCGGCAGGCCAAAUCAGUAGACCUGAAGUGAUUCAGACAGAGACUGCAAGUAGAACAAACCCUUCAUAUUUCACUGUGAUUCCCCAAAUGAUGUCCAACUUACCUCACCCUGGGGCUUCUCAUGGCAGGCUCCAACUACCAAAGCACAUGGAGAAAGGUAGACGGAAAAGCUACGUUUGUAAGUAUUGUGGAAAGGCGUUCCCUGGGUUGUCCAAUGUUGUGGCCCACCAGCGAGUGCAUACAGGAGAGAGGCCCUUUAAGUGUGAUACGUGUGGGAAGCUUUUCACAGAGGCAGGCAACCUCAAGAAACACCAAAGAGUUCAUACAGGAGAGAAACCCUUCAUCUGUCCCCGCUGUGGGAAACGAUUCGCCUGGAUCUGCAACCUCAAGACCCAUCAGCAGUCGGCCUCUUGUGGAGGAGUCUGAUAUAACAUAUCUGAUGACAAUGCAGGGCUUCCAACUCAUGCCUCUUAUGAACCCAGCAGUCUUCUGAAUGUCAAAGCAAUCAUUUUAAUAUUCAUGGAAUCAUUUACAUAAGAAAGAAAAGAGGCAUAAGAAAUAAAAUUGAAACAUUAAUAGGAAGAUUAAGUUCGGUGGAUUAGCACCGGUUAAAGCAAUUUGUCUUGGUGUUUUAAUGUUGACUGUCCGUGAAUUGUAAUAUUAAAAAUGAGCAGCAGGUGGUGCACGAGCACAUAAAAAUGGAGCGUCCAUUGGCGUUUCCUUUUGUAUUAACCGCACGGUGUAAACGGGUUUUGCAAUACAAAAAGUGUGCUGUUUUUAAGUACUGUAAAUAUUGUUAUUAAAGGUGUUUAAACAUA